UGCUUUUAUAAAGGACAUGUUGCAGAGGUUCCAAGAUCAGUUGUGACACUAAGGACCUGCUCAGGACUCAGAGGAUUACUGCAAUUAGAGAAUGUCAGCUAUGGGAUUGAGCCAUUAGAAUAUUCAGCUACAUAUGAACAUAUACUUUAUGAACUAAAGGAUAAUGAAAUUGAUUAUUUCCCUUUAAAAGAAAAUUACUCUAAGCCCCAAUAUGUAGAUCGGUCCUCUAGGAUUCUUGUGAAGCCAGAAAAAAAUUUAGAUGUUAUACUAUUGAAGAGAACACUGAAAAUAAAAAUCAUUAUGGACAAAGCAUUGUACGAUCACAUGGGCUCUGAGUUUGGAAUUGCAAUCCAGAAUGUCGUCUACAUCUUUGCUCUUAUCAACACUAUGUUCUCUCAGGUGAACAUGACUGUCCUGCUGUCGUCUUUGGAGGUCUGGACAGAUAAGAACAAGAUUUCAACAGAUGGGGGUGCUGAUGAACUACUCCAGAAGUUUUUGUUGUGGCGACAAAGUAUGCCGUUCCAGGGGCUUGAUGAUGUGACAUUCUUGCUACUUCUUAAGGACUCUCCUGAUUAUGUGGGAGCAACUUAUCACGGGCUUGUCUGCGAUCCAAAGUUUGCAGCAGGAAUUGCUCUGCACCCGGUGAUGAUAAGCUUAGAGGCAUUCUCAGUUGUUGUAGCCCAGCUGCUUGGAAUUAAUCUGGGAUUGACGUAUGAUGACACCUACAAUUGUUACUGUCCAGGACAUACAUGCAUAAUGAACACCAAAGCAAUACAUACCCGUGGUAUAAAGAGUUUUAGCAGCUGCAGCGUGGAUGAACUUAAGCAUAUAGUUUCAAGGCCUGAACUUGAAUGUCUUCAGAAUCAGAAAGUUUCAGAACUGACUUACCAACACAAAGCUGGAACUUGUGGCAAUGGAAUUUUGGAAGCAUCAGAGCAAUGUGAUUGUGGGAAGCCAGAGGCAUGUACUUUUAGAAAGUGCUGCAAUCCUAUGGCUUGUACUCUGAUUGGACUGGCCCAGUGUGGCACGGGGCCAUGUUGUAAUAAAAGAACUUGUCAGGUAUCUGGCAGAGGAAAAUUAUGUCGGAAAAGUAGAGAUCUGUGUGAUUUUCCAGAAUAUUGCAAUGGGUCAUCUGAGUUCUGUGUACCUGACGUGGUAUCUGCUGAUUUAGAACCAUGCAAUAAGAAGAGUGCCUAUUGUUUUCAUGGAAUUUGCCAAGACCCAGAUAGACAGUGUAUAGAGUUAUUUGGAAAAUAUGGUAAUGGUUCUUCUUAUCUGUGUUCGGAGGAAGUGAAUUUUCAAAAUGGCAAACUUGGAAACUGUCUCGAAAGAUGUAAUUUUAAUUUUAUCCUCUGUGGGAAGAUUGUUUGCCAGUGGACAAGUUCAGAAGUCCUUUCAAUUUCAGAUUAUGACGUGCAGUACACUUACUUAGCAGGUCAUAUGUGUUUAUCUGCACAAUUACGAUCUUCUGGAAAACAAGUUAAAACCUAUAUAUAUGAUGGUACUGUUUGUGGUCCAAAUAAGGAUUGCAGUAAUGUACUUAAUUGUCACUGUGAUGCAGGACAUUCCCCUACAAGCUGCAAUGAAUCACCAUCAGCACCAGGUGGCAGUGUCAACAACGAGUUCUGGCUCCAAAAUGAACAAGAUGAAGAGGCUCACAUAUAUCGUUUCUGUUUAACAUAUACCUCAAGUCGUAGCCAGAGCAAUCAGUGGAAUAAAAUGAAGGGCUUUGGGCAAAGAGCAAGUGUAACAAGUGUAAGUGGAAGGUCUCUAUCAGAAGAUAGCAGUGAGGACAGCAUCCAGUCAGAAAGUUAA